AUGAGUCAUCAUUCCAAGGAACAUGUUUCCAAUGUUCCAGAGUCCAAUGGAGAGUUUGAGCAAAUUCCAUCUGGGAGGGAAGCUGACUGCUGCCUGGGCAAAGGAAAACAAUGGGAACAUUUAAAUAAAAAGUACAAGGCCUGUCGGCUAGUCCACCAGCACCAGGCCUGUCGGCUAGUCCACCACCACCACCAGGCCUGUCGGCUAGUCCACCACCACCACCAGGCCUGUCGGCUAGUCCACCACCACCACCAGGCCUGUCGGCUAGUCCACCACCACCAGGCCUGUCGGCUAGUCCACCACCACCAGGCCUGUCGGCUAGUCCUCCACCACCAGGCCUGUCGGCUAGUCCACCACCACCAGGCCUGUCGGCUAGUCCACCACCACCAGGCCUGUCGGCUAGUCCACCACCACCAGGCCUGUCGGCUAGUCCUCCUCCACCAGGCCUGUCGGCUAGUCCUCCUCCACCAGGCCUGUCGACUAGUCCUCCACCACCAGGCCUGUCGGCUAGUCCUCCACCACCAGGCCUGUUGGCUAGUCCUCCACCACCAGGCCUGUCGGCUAGUCCUCCACCACCAGGCCUGUCGGCUAGUCCACCACCACCAGGCCUGUCGGCUAGUCCACCAUCACCCAGACCGGUCAGCUUACUUAAAUACACUUCCAUAUAUAGCUCUUCAUUUUCUGGUUAAAGCACAAUGAAAGUAAUUAAUUAAACCAAAACAACAUUGGUAGAUGGUUGUUGAAUCAAUUAUCUUGAGAAUUUCUAUACUGAACAGAAAUAUCAAUGCAACAUGUAAAGGGUUGGUUCCAUGUUUCAUGAGCUGAAAUAAAAGAUCCCAGAAAUGUUCCACACGCAUAAAACGCUUAUUUCUCUCAAAUUUUGUGCAGAAAUUAGUUUACAUCUCUUUUACAGAGCAUUUCUCCUUUACCAAGAUAAUCCAUGCACCUGACAGGUGUGGCAUAUCAAGACCCUGAUUAAUAAACAACAUGGCAAACCAGUGGAGGAAUACCACUUUUAUAUACUCAGAGGAUUAUUAUUAGCAUGUUUUAACCACUCCUAUAUUGUCCGACUUCCGCCAAAGUUGGUGCCUCUCCUUGUUCAGGCGAUGUUCGGUGGUUGAAGUCACCGGCUUUCUAGCCACCACCGAUCUACGUUUCUCUUUCUAUGUGUUUUGUCUUGAUUGCACACACCUGGUUUCCAUUAUGUCAUCAUUUAUUCCCUAGUUAACCCUCUGGUUCCCACAUGGUUUUGUGAGUGUUUGUUCUUUGUUAUGUGGUCGCUCUUUUGUGUUGAGCUGGAUUAUUAUUCCCUGUAUGGAAUUAGUUUGUGAUUAUUUGCAAGUAAAGUAGGUUUUUACUCAGUUCUGUGUCCUGCGCCUCACUCCGUCCUACCUGCUGCACACUGACACAUGACAUAUAUAAAUGGUAGAUUAUCGGACACAGUGUUCAAUUUCAUUAUUACUGAAACAGGAUCCAAGUGGUAUUGUUAAUGGGAUUUAUCUGUUAAUUGAAUGACUAGAGUAUUCCACCCUGAAACCAUAUAAUUGUAUGGAAUUGAUUAGAAUGUAUAAAAUUAUAACCAAUAAAUGUGUAGUUCUAGUCAGAAUUAGGGUAAAACAAUAUAGCUAAUGUUUAUGUCUUUAUAGUGUCUUAAAAACAGACAGAAAACAGAAUUCGUUAGGGGCCACUGAGAGAUUUGGGAAAGAACGUGGAGUGAUUCUCACAAUCCCUAAUCUUUGUCGGCUGGGUAGCAGGACAUUGUGUGCUAAUGUUAGUGUGAAUGUGUUUGCGUGAGAAGCCAGUAUAAAAUGACUGGUUUUGUACAACAGAGGAGCGCUCUCGUAAAUAAACUUUCUGACUAUUGUA